UCUAAAGCACUGGAGAAGCCCAAGCUAUUAUCAAGGCUACCCAGUACUCAUUUGGGGGUCAUCCAUAAUUCAGCCCGCGGUCAUCAGGCUGUCUCCAUUUCAGCAUGAUGAUACUGCCCAAAAAAAUGAGGCCACUGCUGUUUCUGAUUUCCCAGAUGGCCAUCUUUGCUCUCUUCUUCCAUCUGUAUGGCCACGACUUCAACUCCCUGUCCACGAAGGAGGAGCCCAAGCCCAUGCAUGUGCUGGUCCUGUCUUCCUGGCGCUCUGGUUCUUCUUUUGUGGGACAGAUUUUUGGGCAGCACCCGGAUGUCUUCUACCUGAUGGAGCCCGCAUGGCACAUCUGGAUGACCUUCACACACAGCACUGCCUGGAGGCUGCAUAUGGCAGUGAGGGAUCUGAUCCGUGCCAUUUUUCUGUGUGACAUGAGUGUCUUUGAUGCCUACAUGAAACCCAGUCCUCGAAGACAGUCCAGCCUCUUCCAGUGGGACAAGAGCCGGGCCCUGUGUUCCCCACCUGCCUGCAACAUCUUCUCCCGGGAUAUGAUCAUAUCCCAGGCUCACUGCAAGCUUCUCUGCAGUCAAGAGCCCUUUGAGGUGGUAGAGAAGGCCUGUCGCUCCUACAGCCACGUGGUGCUCAAGGAGGUGCGCUUCUUCAACCUGGAGGUGCUCUACCCACUGCUGAGAGACCCUUCCCUCAAUCUGCAUAUUGUGCACCUGGUACGGGAUCCCCGGGCGGUGUUCCGUUCUCGAGAACACACCACAGGGGAACUCAUGAUUGACAGCCGCAUUGUGAUGGGGCAGCACUGGGAGAAAGUCAAGGAGGAGGAUCAGCCUUACUACGUGAUGCAGGUCAUCUGCCAAAGCCAGCUAGAGAUCUAUAAGGCUGUGCAGUCCUUGCCCAAAGCCCUGAGGCAACGCUACAUGCUUGUUCGCUAUGAGGACCUGGUCCGGGAGCCCAUUGCCCAGACUGCCCAAAUGUAUAAAUAUGUGGGACUGAAAUUCUUGCCCCACCUCCAGACCUGGGUGUACAACAUCACUCGAGGCAAGGGCAUGGGUAAUCAUGCCUUUCAGACUAAUGCCAGGAAUGCCCUCAACGUCUCCCAGGCCUGGCGCUGGACUUUGCCUUACGAAAAGGUUUCUCGACUUCAAAAAGUCUGCAAUGAUACCAUGACUUCGCUGGGCUACCACCUUGUCAGAUCUGAGCAAGAGCAGAAAAACCUGUCACUGGAUCUUCUGUUUACAUGGACUCCCUCCAACUAAGUCCACCAAGAGGGUGGAAGAAGCUCUGUCCCCAACUGGCAUCAGCCUUAGCCCCAUUAACCAAAGGCUUCAAGUCUUAAUUACAUGCACACUGGUGUACAUGUGAGCAUGAGUUGUGCCCACACAUGCUCAAGCUGAGAAACUUCCGUGUCUCUACUCAUGCCUAGACGAGAUUCAGCAGCAUAUUCCACCACUGAAAAAGGAGUAUUGUCUUUCUUCUCUUCUUGGCUUUCCUAUCCAGGUAUACCUCAAAGACUUUGUGGCCUGGGGUCCUAUUUAGCACCACGCAGUAUCAAUGGAGUAAAUCCAUAAACUUCUCUGUCCACAUCUUGCCCUGUGGGAAAGGAAGGAGACAGGAAAACCAGGGAAACGGGUCUUCCACCAAAGAACCCACAAGCACAUUCCACAGGGAUAUGAACUCUGAGACGAUGGAACUCCUGAUGGAUUCAAAAAGGGAACAGAGAACAGGAUUGGAUGCUUACGGUGAGCUUGUCCGUCACAGCUAUCAGUUAUCACAAAUACAAAAUAAGAUCUCUGCAU